UAGUGAUCUCCGCUUCAUAAAAUAUUGACCCCAGCCGAUUCCAAUUCUAUUUAAUAGACUUUCUUUUAUUUAAAAACGAAUUUAAUAGACUUUUGUACUAUGGUUAAACAAUUUGAACGAAGUUCUAAAAAAAAAUAAAUAAAUUGAACGAGGUGGCCGUAAAAAUCAUGGUUUAUUAUUAUUAUUAUUUUGUAAAGCGCUAAUUAAUGACUAAUUUUUAGUUAUGACUCCUCCCGAUUAAAAUAGAAAAUUUUGCCGAAGUAUAGAAUAAUUUCAGAUCUCGCAUAACACCCGUUAACCCGAAAUGCCCAACCAGAACCCGAAGACAGUGAAGAAGCCCCCAGCAAUGGCGUCGCAGAGUACCGAGUACGAGAGACAGAGGCUGUCGAGAAUUUCGGAGAACAGGUCGAGAAUGGUGGCUCUGGGCCUGCCCAAGAUUGCUUCUAAGUUGUGGGGUUCCGCUCAAAAGGUGAGCGAGAAGAUGAAUAAAAAGAAGGGGAAAGCAAAGGUUGAUGAUGAUGAUGAUGAUGAUGAGGAUGAGGAUUAUAGGCUUGAUAAGGUGGAGGAGGGACCGAGUUCUUCGAGCGGAGAUGAAGAGACUGAUGAUGAUGAUGAAGACUAUUUAGAUGAAACAUCUUCUGGGUCACGUAGAAAGAAGGUGAAGAAUAUAGUUUCAAAACCUAAGAAGAAAGUUCCUGCUCAAAAGUGUUCGAGUGAGUCAGAUUACAUUGGUGAUGCACUGAAGCAGGCAAUUGCUCUGUCUCUACAAGGUUCUGCUGGAGUUUCAGGUGUGGUACAUUGUGAGCCUUCAAAAUGUGCUGAAACUGAUGUAGUGAAUGCUACUCCUAAUGAAAAUAAGGGAAAUACUCGCGUUCAGGAAGAUACAGGAAGGAGGAAGAGAAAAAAAUCGCAGUUUGCUAGUCGGCUGCAAAUGACUGAAGAUGAACUGGUCGUGAACUUCUUUCAGUUUGAUGGUGAAUGGAAGGGGAGCAUAACUAUGAGGGAUAUAGAAAGAGUAGCAAUGGCUCAUGAUUUUCUGUGGACUGAGAAGGAGUUGGCUGAUAUGAUCCGAUGCUUUGAUAGUGAUGGAGAUGGGAAGCAAAAACAUAAAGUUAAGAAAGGGUAGAGAAGUAAUUGAAGUUUGUAGAUCGAGAUGGAAAUUGGGACUCUUUAUUUGGCACUUUUGUGAGAGCUUCUCGUUUGAUCCUCGGCCUAGUUAUUAAUAUGGUGCGUGGAAAAGGAAAAGAAAGAAAUAAAGUCACUUUGUUCAGCUAGACAAACUUCAAAUUUCUGUAGACUGUAGAGCUCUGGACACAAAUAACAAAAUAUUUUAUUUCUUCUCGCUUGCGCACUUCGACACAAAUGUGUUGGGAUAUUUAUGUAAAUGGUAAACAUGUAUACUAGUCUCGAUGUGUUUAAGAUUCUACCUAGUUUACUUUAGUAAUUCAUGUUUCAGCAUUUUCUCCAAAAAAUAAAAAUAAAAAGAAGAUAAAGAGAUAAAAUUCUCUUAGAUUGCUCUGUCGACUGAGGCUUGUAAGAGUUUCCCUUUGUAUAAAAAGUAUUCAGAAUUUCUGUUGAAUACAAUUUCUAUUUUUGCUAACUAGUUUUAUUGCAGCUAAGUCUUGAUGAUUUUCGAAAGAUUGCCAGUCGAUGCAACAUGAUAAAAGGGCCUGAAAAUUCUUGAUGGGUUCAAAGUAUUAACAAU